AUGGUUUCAUUCCUUGGUUGGUUUUCUCGGAAAAAGUCAGAGGACUACGGCCAAGUCCUGGAAUCUCUUAAGCUUGAUAUACAGAAGCGACAAACACGUCUAUCCGAGAUUCGAUUGCGCGAACGUCGUUCGACUCUCCUCUUCUCCGUCUACGCGCUUGCGUUUUGGGCCAUCUGGAGCGGUCUUUGGUAUGCAAAGCUCCUUCCGAACCUCAGCGGCCACGAUAGAAGAAGUAAGUUUGAAAAGGCUGUAAAGAGCAUACCUGUGUUCGUGGGACCGAUCGUGAUUCUCUUUAUUCGCCGUAUUGUGCAAAUAUGGUACACACGUAUUGGGGAUGCUGAAGAGAAGGCCCUUACGGCACUACGUAAGAAGCAACGUGACAAGGUCGAGGAGUUCAAGAGCAAAACAAAUUACUAUUCAACACGCAAUUUGAUUGAACGCUACGACGAGGGCACCGCAAAUAGCGUUAGCGACAGCCCACCCAGAAUUCGUGUCCCACAAUCUCCUCCUGGUAUACCGGCUACACCCCAACGAGGCCCACAGCCUCCCUUACAAACUCCUGCUCCUGCGCCUAUUUCGCCGCCAGGUCAACAGCGUCUGUCGCCAUCACCUCAACGACCCUUACCUCCUCCACGCAAGCAAUGGUAUGACAAGCUCGCAGAUGCAAUUUUGGGCGAUGAUGAAGGUCCAUCUGGUGGUGCCUCAUCGCGAUACGCUCUGAUUUGUCAAAAGUGUUUUGUGCAUAAUGGGCUCGUGAAGGAGAGCAUGUGGCAAGAUGCUCAGUACGUCUGCCCGAAAUGUGGCUAUUUCAAUCCCUCAGCGCGAUCCGUCCGUGAAGGCCGCACACGAUCUAAGUCUGCUGACGCGCGUGGAUCAUUACUUGCGCCUUCUCCCGUUCAAUCUAAGCAAUCACAUGCGCUCGCACCUCCCGUUGGCUUACCUGUGGGUGCCCAAGGACCUGCGACGGACAUGGACAGCCCGCCAAUAGCGCGACGGCGCACACGAAGAGAAGAUGCCGAGGAUGAAGACUCGAGUGUGAUGGAUGUGGACUCAUAG